AUGACUUCUUGGGCAGACAAUGUGACAGCGAACUCAAUCUUCCUCUUGGAGGUGUCACAUAAGGAGGCUGGCCAGCAUCUCCAGGAAAUUAGAAACCACACCAGCGUCUCUGACUUCCUGCUCCUGGGCUUCUCUGAACACCCAGAGCAGCAGCCGCUCCUGUUCGGGCUCUUCCUGGGCAUGUACCUGGUCACCGUGUUGGGGAACCUGCUCAUCAUCCUGGCCAUAGGUUCUGACCAGCACCUCCACACCCCCAUGUACUUUUUCCUGGCCAACUUGUCCUUCGUCGAUACCUGCUUUUCUAGUACCAUUGUCCCCAAGCUGCUAGUGAACAUCCAUACACAGGACCACACCAUCUCCCACACUGGGUGCCUCGUGCAGAUGUAUUUAUUCAUGGCAUUGACUCUGCUGGAUGACUUCCUGCUGGCUGUGAUGGCAUAUGACCGCUACGUGGCCAUCUGUCUUCCUCUACACUACACCAUGAUUAUGUGUCCCCAACGCUGUCUGCAGCUGGUUGCAGCACCCUGGCUCUGUUCCCAACUCUUGGCCUUCUCACUCACUCUCCUGAUGUCUCAGUUCUCUUUCUGUGCCUCUCAUUCCAUCCAACACUUCUUCUGUGAUCUUCUCCCACUCCUCAAACUUACCUGCUCAGACACCCAUGUCUUUCACAUCAUGAUGUUUGCUGAGGCGGCCCUCUCAGGUGUGGUCCCCCUCAUCUGUGUCCUAGUCUCUUAUGCUCACAUCAUCCAUACCAUUCUCAGGGUCCCCUCUGCUGGGGGGAAGCACAGAGUCUUCUCUACCUGUGGCUCUCACCUGUCAGUGGUCACUCUCUUCUAUGGGACACUCUUUAUUGUGUAUUUCCAGCCCUCAUCCUCCUACUCGGCAGACACUGGAAUGGUGGCAUCUGUGAUGUAUACAAUGGUGACCCCCAUGCUGAACUCCUUUAUCUACAGCCUGAGGAACAGGGACAUGAAGGAGGCUUUGUGGAGACUCUUUGGCUGGAGAAAAUACUCUACUCAGUAA